AUGUACAGAACGCAGGGGCAAGUGGAGGCGCGGCACAGCAAGUACAGCGGCUCGGGCGGCCGAUUGGAGUAUCUCCAGCAGCUGGUCACCGAAUACUCUACCACUGCAGACCUUCGAGCGAAGGAACAGGUGCUGGCAAACCUGGCCAACUUUGCAUACGACCCAGUCAACUAUGACCACCUGAGGCGCCUCAACGUAGUGGACCUGUUUCUCGAUGCCCUGGCGGAACCACCACAGCAGGCCGCCCUGCACGAGUUUGCCAUCACCGGCCUCUGCAAUCUGUGCCCCGACCCGCAGUUCGCACGGCUCAUCAUCGACAAUGAUGGCGUACCAGCUGUGGUGGGCUGUCUGAGCAGCACCAACAUCGAGACCGUGCUGGCAGCCAUCGCCACCCUCUACUACCUCCUCUCACCUGUCUCCAAGAAUGUGGUGGGCACAAGCGCCGUGGUGGGAUGCAUGGAACAAUACGCAGCAGCCAAGAACGUGCGACUGCACAAUGCAGCCACCCUCUUUCUCGAACUCAAUAGAGCUCUUUCGUGA